CUUUAUAUAUGCCCACGGGAAACCACGUCCUAUCCAUCAUCUUCAUCUCUUUCUCCUUCGCUUUUCUUUUAGAAAAUGGCCGCCAACAACGGAGGUUUGAUCGUCAGCUUCGGCGAGAUGCUGAUCGAUUUCGUCCCUACCGUCUCAGGCGUAUCACUCGCAGAAGCACCGGGUUUUUUAAAAGCAGCAGGAGGUGCUCCAGCAAACGUUGCGAUCGCGGUAUCAAGACUUGGCGGAAACUCGGCUUUCAUUGGAAAGUUAGGAGACGACGAGUUCGGCAACAUGCUAGCCGGAAUAUUGAAGGAAAACGGUGUCUCCAGUGACGGUAUCUGUUUCGAUACAGGAGCACGAACCGCUUUGGCGUUUGUUACCCUGAAAGCAGAUGGCGAUCGCGAGUUUAUGUUCUACCGGAACCCGAGUGCUGAUAUGUUGUUGACGCCCGGUGAACUGAACCUUGACCUCAUUCGAUCUGCCAAAGUUUUCCAUUACGGGUCAAUAAGCUUAAUCGAUGAGCCCUGUAGAUCAGCACAUCUUAAAGCAAUGGAGGUUGCAAAGGAUGCAGGGGCACUUUUGUCGUAUGACCCUAAUCUUCGGCUGCCAUUGUGGCCAUCUCCGGAGGAGGCUCGUGAAAAGAUCAUGAGCAUAUGGGAUAAGGCUGAGGUGAUCAAAGUGAGUGAUAACGAGCUCGAAUUUCUCACAGGAAGCGAUAAAAUUGACGAAGAGGUUGCAAUGUCUUUGUGGCACCCUAAUUUGAAGCUUUUGUUGGUCACUCUUGGUGACAAGGGUUGCAAUUACUACACCAAGCAUUUUCAUGGGACAGUGAGUGCAUUUCGUGUGAAAGCAGUCGACACAACCGGUGCAGGUGACUCUUUUGUUGGUGCUCUUCUAACAAAGAUUGUUGACGACCAAUCCAUCAUAGAGGAUGAAGGAAAGUUGAAAGAGCUACUGAGAUACUGUUGUGCUUGUGGAGCCAUCACCACCACCAUAAAGGGUGCCAUUCCGGCCCUUCCUACCUCGUUGCAGGUGGACACCUUCCUCCACACCAAUCGAAAGACCCUAGCAUCGUGUGCUUUCCUUUGAAAUGGUUUUUUAUUGUCAUUAAUCAAUCAAUGUUUAUAGGGCAAAUAAUGUGAGUCAUGUUGAUUACCGAUUUUUCGGUGAUUCUAUCCGCGAUUCUCAGUUAAUGGUUUGUCUAUGUGAUCGGUUUAUGUUGUUAAUGCUAAGUUUUCAACGUACUGUUUGGUUCUAUGCAACCAACUUAUGAGAAAUUAUUAAAGUGAUUAUUAUAUA